UGUUCGAUAACCAGCACAGUUGUGCUAAUCAAGGACUUGAAACCCGCAAGUGACCACACACACACAUCUCUCUUUAUCUUUCUCUCUGUCCCUCACACUUUUCUGUUUAUAUCAACAAACAAGCAAAUUUCUUAGGGAUGUUUUUUUUUUAAAGCUGGUUUUCAAAUUCUUGGGGAUGUUGUGAAAAGAAACUAAAAUAGACAAGAAAAUUUGUGGAAAGUAGGAAAGAGAGAGGAGAGACUAAUCUUUAAGAAUGGUGGUGGAAGAAGAUAGAAGAAGUAUGGAGGAAGGACUUAUUCAGCAAAGGCAUCAAAACGACAUAGAUGAUCCUCGUGUUACCACUUGUGUUAUACUCAGCACUUUUGUCGCUGUUUGUAGCUCCUUCAGCUUUGGCUGUGCUGGUGGUUAUACUUCAGGCGCUGAGUCUCAGAUCAUGAAAGAGUUAGACCUUUCUAUUGCAGAAUUUUCAGCGUUUGGGUCCUUCCUGAAUUUAGGAGCUGCAUUGGGAGCCUUUUGCAGUGGUCAAUUGGCAAUCACCCUCGGCAGAAGACGCACGUUGUGGGCCUGCGAUUUGCUUUGCAUUUUUGGUUGGCUCUCCAUUGCUUUCGCAAAGGAUGUCUUGUGGCUGGACGCAGGAAGGAUUUCAUUAGGCAUAGGAGUCGGCUUGAUUAGCUACGUGGUACCUGUCUAUAUUGCGGAAAUCACUCCAAAACAUGUUCGUGGUGCAUUUACUUCUUCGAACCAGCUUUUUCAAAACUGUGGACUGUCCGUUAUUUAUUUUUUUGGGACUGUAAUUAAUUGGCGGCUCCUGGCUAUAAUAGGUGCUCUUCCAUGCGUCAUUCAAGCGAUCGGUAUAUACUUUAUACCGGAAUCACCAAGAUGGCUGGCUAAAAUCGGCACAGGUAAAGAAGUAGAACACUCUCUGCAGCAGCUUAGAGGGAGAGACGCUGAUGUUUCGGGUGAAUCAGCUGAAAUUCAGGUUAUGACAAAAAGGCUUGAAGAAGAUUCAAAGUCGAGUUUCUAUGACAUGUUUCAGAAGAAGUAUAGACGAACUCUUGUGAUUGGAAUUGGUUUAAUGUUGAUACAACAAUUAUCUGGAGCUGCUGGAGUCACGUAUUAUUCAAAUACUAUAUUUAGAAAAGCUGGCUUUUCCGAGACAGUUGGGUCCAUGAUAUUUGGUGUGUUCGUGAUCCCAAAAGCCUUGCUGGCUGUAAUUUUUGUGGAUAAAUGGGGAAGACGACCACUCCUAUUGGUUUCUGCUGCGGGAAUGUCCAUUGGAUCCUUGCUUAUUGGGGUUUGCUUCACGUUACAGGGAAUGGAUAUUCUUCCUGAAUUGACUGCAGUGGUCAUCUUCAUAUGCAUUCUGGUCUACUUUGGAUGUUUUGCCAUCGGUGUAGGAGGGCUGCCCUGGGUCAUUAUGUCCGAGAUUUUUCCAAUCAAUAUUAAAGUUUCAGCUGGGACAAUAGUGGCAUUAACCUCAUGGACCACUGGGUGGUUCGUGAGUUACGCUUUCAACUUUAUGUUUGAAUGGAGCGCACAAGGAACAUUUUACAUAUUUGGGGUUGUCGGAGGAGCAUCAUUGGUUUUUAUUUGGUUUCUCGUCCCGGAAACCAAAGGACAGUCACUGGAAGAAUUACAAGCUUCGCUCACGGGGACAACUUAAAGACAUAUUUAUGUUGUAAUAUGCUGUUAAAAUUAUUUUUAACAACCUAUCAGUGAUCCAAGUGGCUUUAUAAAAAAUAUUUUGCUUGUAUUUUUUUUUGAUAACCGUAGGGAUUCCAAAAACUUUUUAGGUCCAAAGACUAAUUCCACGAGACCCAUAAAAAUUUGGGUUUUUUUGCCA